AGCGGCGGGCAAUGGGCAGCUCGCGAGGGGGCAGUCUGAAGAACCUCGUAACAGUACCCACCUGGUGCGGAACGCCCAAGAGCGCACGCCUCACGCUCCCACAUUCCGGCCGACUGCCCAAAGCACAGGAAAUUCCAAUGUCUCCGCUAAUACCCACCUACACGAGCAACCAAGUGCUACUGUCGAAGUUCCUAAGCCUGCCCCAGCCCAAGAACGAAAUUCAGUGCACCUACGUAUGGAUCGACGGUAGCGGACAGAAUCUGCGCUGCAAAACAAGAACCGUCGAAUUUGAGCCUCAAGACGCGAAAGACUUGCCUAUAUGGAACUUCGACGGGUCGAGCACCGGCCAGGCCGAGGGGAAGAACUCGGACGUCCACAUCUAUCCUGUGGCACUGUUUCGUGACCCGUUCCUGGGCGGACCCAACAAGUUGGUGCUGUGCGAGACAUACAAGCACGACCACACCCCCCACGAAUCGAACAAGCGGCACAUAUGCAAGUUGGCGAUGGAUCGGUGCAAGGACCAGAAGCCGUGGUUCGGCAUCGAGCAGGAGUACACUCUUCUCGACAUCGAUGGCCGGCCUUACCGAUGGCCUAAGCAAGGGUUCCCGGGGCCUCAAGGACCUUAUUACUGCGGCGUCGGUGCGGACCGUGUCUACGGUCGGGAUGUGGUAGAGGCGCACUACAGGGCCUGCCUCUACGCCGGCGUCAAGAUAGCGGGCACAAACGCUGAAGUGAUGCCUUCACAGUGGGAAUUCCAGGUAGGACCGUGUGAAGGCAUAAGCAUCGGCGACCAUCUUUGGAUGGCGCGUUUCAUCCUCCAUCGAGUGGCCGAGGAUUUCGGCCUCGCGGUGACACUCGACCCGAAGCCUGUGGCAGGAGACUGGAACGGCGCCGGCGCGCACACCAACUUCAGCACGCUCGCCAUGCGCCAGCCCGAAGGCAUACGCUACAUCGAGAAGGCGAUCGAGCUGCUCUCGCGCAAACACCGCGAGCACAUCCAAGCCUACGACCCAAACGGAGGUCGUGACAACGAGCGCCGCCUGACGGGAUUGCACGAGACGUCCAGCAUCCACGACUUCACAUCGGGCGUGGCAGACCGCGGAGCGAGCAUCCGAAUCCCUCGACAGGUGUCGCAAGACCGCAAGGGUUACCUGGAGGACCGAAGACCUGCGUCCAAUUGCGACCCCUACAGCGUGGCGAGGGCCAUUGUUUCAACUGUGUGCCUCAACCAGGGACCAGUGACUCGUCGGAGCGCCUACCUCUGGGCCCAUCCUUUUUCACGUCUGGACGUUCAAGAAUUCUGCACCUGCAAGAACAACAGAUUGCUCCUGCGCUUUCAGAUGUCGUUUACGAGACCUGUGACAACGAUAGGGUUGUAAAAUUAGCGUGAUGGCAUAGUGACGCGUUUUCAAAUUUCCGGCACCAUAGUGAUGCGAAAGCGACGUUUGUAUCCGCCGUAAAGAGUGGCGUGUAUCUUGUAGUACAAUGAUGGCAGACACUUGACAGCGCUGCCUUUUAUAUAGCGCAUGUACAUUGGCGAAGAAAUUGUGACGUCAAUUUCUGCUGGAUCUCAGCUUUCUUGAACUAAAAUUUCGUAGUAAUAAUAAUAAUGGCUGCAAUGGCUUCUACUGCAGCAAAAUUAGUGAAAUCACUAUCGUUCUCGCAAAUUGUAAGUAUCGCAACUACUUUCACAAGGCAGAAUGAAGAAGCAACAAUGCAACUUGUUAUGUUUUCUUAACCGCACAAUAAAAAAAGAAGCUUCA